UUGGCCCCAAGAGGGCACUUAUAGCACUCGUUUUGGCUCCCAGGGGGCACUUUAGCACGCAAUUAAAUUGUGACGUACAGCAAACAAUAAAAGAAAUGUUAUUUGUGUUUCACACAGUUUCUCAACUUUGUUGGAAUAUGAAUGGUUGUGAAUAAAAUCGACUUGAAGCACAGCACUCGCACAGAGUAAAUGUACUUGAGUAAAUGUACUUAGUUACUUUCCACCACUGCAACACGAGCAAAAGGUUUCACAGACGAGACGAAUCAAAUGGUGUUAUACCACAGCGGACACCAGGUGGCAGUCACACGGGACGCAGGCAGAUGGCGCCGCCGUCUGACGAUUGACGUGACGUCAUCCACAUGCGACUGCAGUCGUAGCAGACAGCUGUUCUCUGUUUGUGCUCACUGGUCGUUUUUAAUAUGGGAAAGGGUUUAUUAGAAUAGUUAAUAGUGUUUUAAGAUCAGCAGCGAUACUUUCUGCACCUUUAGGCAGUGUGUAUGAAGUAGUAACUAUCACCACUUGUGCUAAAGUACAGCUAAAAGCAGGCUAACUGCUCUGUGGCUACACGUGGUAACUUUAUGUUCAGCCUUUUAAGAUUGGUUGAGUUUGUUGGAAAGACGCAGCGGCAGGAGAUCACUUUAAACAUGUCCCGACACACCAAGAAGAAAAACGGGAUACCGGACAGAUGGUUGGAUUACAAAGCUGUCGGGAAAAGACUUAGCGGAACACGAUUCAUUGCCUUCAAGGUGCCUCUGAAGCAGUCUUUGAGCCGUAAGCUUACGUCUUCGGCCGUCUUUGGUCCCUGGGAGCUGCUGGACGCUUUGAACAAAGAAAACCAACAGCUGGGUUUGAUCAUUGACCUGACCUUCACCACACGCUACUACAAACUGCAGGACGUCCCAGCGUCGCUGCACUUCCUGAAGAUCUUCACCGCUGGUCAUGAGGUUCCCAGCGACGACACCAUCCUGAGCUUCAAACGUGCCGUGCGAAGGUUUCUGCGAGACAACGGCGAUAACGACAAGCUGAUCGGAGUCCACUGCACCCACGGUCUGAACCGCACCGGCUACCUGAUCUGCAGGUAUCUGAUAGAUGUUGAUGGGAUGGAUCCUGAAGAGGCUGUAGAGUUGUUCAACUCGUCGCGGGGCCACGCCAUCGAGCGGCAGAACUACCUGGAGGACCUGCGAUGUGGACCGAAGAGGAGUAACGAGGGGAUGGAGGAGUCUGAGCAGGAGCCAAUGAGAGGUCUUGCAGCACAUCGUCCGUCAGACUGCGACAACAGGGAGGAGAGACGACCUCACGUCGGUGACUCCGGGUACCACAGAUCUUUCCCUCUGAGAGGAAUAAACCACCGCUCACAUCACCACCGUGCAGCCGACGGCCUCCUCCCCAGUCCACCGCUACUGCCUCCACCUCUGCUCUGUCCCCCUGUGCACCACCCGUAUCGCUGGACGCCCCCUCACCCUGACAGUCAGUGGAGGAGACCCCCCCACACAGUGGAGAACAGGGCCAGAUAUCCUCCGGCAGAGCCCCAGUGGGGUCGGUCCUCCUGCUCGCAGGAGGACAGAUGGAGAGCGCCGCCUCCUCCGCCCCUCCCCCUGUACUCCCCCCACUGGACCAGCGAGUCCAACGGCCAUGAUGGGCCUGAGGAGGACUGGGGCGGUCCCAAAGGGAGACAUCAGCUCAGAUAUUCACACCAACACAGAGUCAACAUACACGAGAACCACGAGUCUGAUCUGCACUGAGACCGGGACCCUGAGACCGGGACCCUGAGACCGGGACCCUGAGACCGGGGCCCUGGGACCGGGACCCUGGGACCGGGACCCUGAGACUCAGACGAGUGUAGAAAACACUCCUGAUCAAGAACUUUGAUCGGGACAUGGCUUGUAACGUCCUUCCUGUUCAGCAGGAAGUGGAAACGAAGAGGAAGUGAUGGACUGAACUCACCUGUGUUGCAGGGCCACUCAGACUGGGUGUACUGGUGUGUGUGUGUGUGUGUGUGUAUUUUGUGGGUCAGGUGUGACCUGUGUUAACCUGUAGAGUGACAUUAAAUCCAGUGGAAGCGCCUCUUGACACCUGUGCUGCUUUUAUUAUCUGUGGAAACGCGAACAGGAUGUGUGAGCUCACUGUUUCAGGUGUGUCUUCAGACAGCAGUCAUGUGAUCGUGUCACAGGUUUCAGACCUGCGGUCAGCAGAGUUCAUCGUGUUUUACAUUUCUGUUGAAAUAAACGAGUUCAU